UGAGGUCAUAAGUGCGCGUGCGGUGGAGACUUAACUAUUGGGGGUAAAUGAAAAAGUGUAACAACCAUUAGCCAUAUCGCGAAUUGGCCAUAAUUAAUCUGAGAUUUUAACCUGCAUUAAUCUUCAGCAGCAGAUUAACAUGGCUAUGGAGGCGGAGAACCAGAAGAAUGGCAGCAGUUCCUCGACCAAUGAUGCGCUACUGCCAGGUGAUCACGCUGACGGCCUGACUGACCACAACCCCACCUUUGGCUCCGUGAUCCACAACAGGAUUUUUGUUGGGGGGAUUGACUACAAGUUUAAUGAAAGCGACCUGCGAGGCCUGUUCUCUGAACACGGCACAGUGAAAGAUGUGAAGAUUGUCUUAGAUCACCUAGGGAUGUCAAAGGGAUAUGGGUUUGUUACAUUUGAAUCCAGAGAAGAGGCACAGAAAAUCCUGAAUAAUGCUAAUGGAAUCACUUUCAAAGACAAGAAGCUCAGCAUCGGUCAGGCUUUUCGAAAGCGUCAAUCUUCACGUCAACCGACGAUCGCCUCCACAGCCAGCUGUGAACUUGCCGUGCCUCAUCACGCAUCCUGCACGCAACUGACCACAUCCACAGGCUGUCCCUACACUUACUAUAAUGGAGUUGCCUACUUCCACUGCCCCAACAUGAACCCUCCUUCCCACCAGUGGCUUCCGCCGUCUUCACUGAUGGUCCCUCAUUCUCAUCCACCUGUGUAUGAGCAACCAGCCAGUCAGCCCUACCAGUGCAUCCCAAACCAGUAUCAGUCGAAUGCCGUCCAGUGGCAGAUGCCCUCCAGUGCAGUCCUGUACUCCCAGCAGUCACAGUAUCUUUACCUGCCUGCUGAUGGAGGCUCUACCCAGCCACCUGCGGUGUUCAUGGAGGACUCCACAGUAGAGUUUCGAGAGCCAACAGUGCAGCAUGGUUACCCAGUAUAUGCUCAGAGAGCAGAAGGAACGACACAUGUUGUUCUGCAAGUUGACCCUGGAAAGAAUCAGAUGUUUCCACCCUGGUGGGUCCAUCUCAAGCCAAGGCACCGCCGCCACAUCCACCACAAGGACUCCCACCAUCUGCCAGAAUCAGCAGAGCCUUAAGACGCCUCCAUGUUUCACACUCCUCAAAGGUCUAAUGUAGGCUAAAUCCAUGGAGAGCUUUACGAGGGAAACACGUGAUUUUUAGUCACUUUCUUUUUACUCUCCAUGAGUAGCUGUUAAACCUGUGCCUUACAGCAUAAGGCACCUAGUUGUACAGCCAGAUGACUGAGGUUUACUCUGUUAUACUGGAGGGGUUUUUUUUUUGUUUGUUUUUAACAUUUAAGCACAAGUAGUAGCAGCAAUUAAAGAUGUUUCCCAGUAACAAACAUUUACUGUAGUGUGAAAACACAAUAAGCAUGUAUAACAUGGAGCAUCUUGUUUUGCGUUUUGUCGGCAGCGUUAGGACGUCUCAAAGCGACUCACUCUAAACCUGUUCAUUUUAGAGCGGCUCAUUGAAACUUUUUGUUUUUUUUUUUGAAGAUAUAACAGUAUGGAGAUUUUUUUUUUUUUUUUUUCCCUGCAGGACUUUUGUUGGGCUUUGACCCAUAUCUGUUUGAAACCAACUAUAAUUGGUUAUAAUUUAAUUUUAAAUUGAACUGGCAGCAAUGCUGUGUGUGUAGAAUUUUGCAUCAGAUUUUUUAUAUUUGGAAAUUAAAAAGGAUUGUAGUGCAUCUGUAAGUGAGGGCUUUGAGGAAUGUAGGGACUGGAAGUGUUUAGAUCAAGUGUGCUUUAAUGGAGUUUUGUAUGGCUUUUAAAGCAGCAGGACCACGUUUGGUCUUUUUGACGUGUGAAAUUUACUUGAGUUUGGGCCAAAAGUGACUGCCAUCCUGCUCAGUUACACAAGGUGAAAAUAAAAACACCUGUAAGAAACCUGAGAGAGCUCAGCAUCUGCAGAGCUUGACUGAAUCUGACUGCAGACUGAUUAAAGCUUGGCUCUGUAGCUAAAGAAGUGUUAUGUUCUAUUAUUGCUUUGUUAAUAAUAUUUAAUUGAGUAACUUUGUGAAAGCAACUGAUUGGAUUGGGGUUUUUCUAGACCUGUUUAUUGUUUAGUCAGCCACUUUAUAAAAGUUCAUGUUCAGAAUUUUCAGUGUUUUUAAUGCUGUGCAGUUGAAAGCAACAUUUUCUUUUAAUAUUAGAUUUUUGCCUUUGACUUUAAUAUGAUCAAACCUAAUAAUCAGUUUUAUUGUUUCCCCAGAUCUCCAAUUACUCUAUGCUGUACUUCCCCUGCCAGAUUUGCUCAGUUUCAGCUAUUUGUGCCUGUUUGUGUAAAAUAGGCAAAAUAGUUAUUAUACAUUUGAAAUUUUCUGUGUGCUUUUAUGACAUUGCUGUUUGUUCACUUAAAGUGCUUUUGGAAGUAUUUUUGUUAAAGAAAUCAACAUGAUUAUUUAGCUCUGUAAUACGGCAAAUCACAUGACCUCCAAAGUUUGUGUUGUUCUAACAUAAUUUUAUUUCUUUACUGGAAAUAAAUGUUUGCCUUGGUGUGGCGGCCGUGUUUUGCGUUCAGUUUUGCAGCUGUUCUGAAAUAAUUAGUGAUGCCUGAAAGGAAGAAAAAUACAUU